UGGGCCGGGCGGGGGCGGGGAGGGUGUUGAUUGGUGGAGUGCACACCUGUCCAGGUGCACUAGACCUGGACGCAAAGAGGCUGUUAGAAGAGGCCGGUCGGGGCCACGGCAGGACAGCAGGGCAGGAAGGACUGACGGGGCCCCAUGGAGGAGCUGGUAGGGCUGCGUGAGGGCUCCUCGGGGAGCCCCGUGACUCUGCAGGAUCUGUGGGGCCCGUGUCCCCGCAUUCGCCGAGGCAUCCGAGGAGGUGACCCAGUGCUCUGCCCAGGGGGCCUGGAGUGGCUGAAGCAGAAGCUGUUCCGCGUGGGCGAGGACUGGUACUUCCUGAUGACCCUCGGGGUGCUCAUGGCCCUGAUCAGCUAUGCCAUGAACUUCGCCAUCGCGCGAGUGGUCCGAGCGCACAAGUGGCUGUACCGGGAGAUUGGGGACAGCCACCUGCUCCGGUAUCUCUCCUGGACCGUGUACCCAGUGGCCCUCCUCUCCUUCUCCUCCGGCUUCUCCCAGAGCAUCACGCCCUUCUCUGGCGGUUCUGGAAUCCCAGAGCUGAAGACCAUCUUGUCGGGGGUGGUCCUGGAGGACUACCUGGACAUCAAGAACUUCGGGGCCAAGGUGGUGGGCCUCUCCUGCACCCUGGCCGCCGGCAGCACCAUCUUCCUGGGCAAAGUGGGUCCCUUCGUGCACCUGAGUGUGAUGAUUGCCGCCUACCUGGGACGCGUGCGCACCAGGACCAUCGGGGAGCCCCAGAACAAGAGCAAGCAAAACGAAAUGCUGGUGGCGGCAGCGGCAGUGGGCGUGGCCACCGUCUUCGCAGCCCCCUUCAGCGGCGUCCUGUUCAGCAUCGAGGUCAUGUCCUCCCACUUCUCCGUCUGGGAUUACUGGAGGGGCUUCUUUGCCUCCACCUGUGGGGCCUUCAUGUUCCGGCUGCUGGCCGUCUUCAACAGCGAGCAGGAGACCAUCACCUCCCUCUACAAGACCAGCUUCCGCGUGGACGUGCCCUUUGACCUGCCAGAGAUCUUCUUUUUUGUGGCACUGGGGGCCAUCUGCGGCAUCCUGAGCUGCGCCUACCUCUUCUGCCAGCGGAUUUUCCUAGGCUUCGUCAAGACCAAUCGGUUCACCUCCAAACUGCUGGCCACCAGCAAGCCUCUGUACUCGGUCCUGGUCGCCCUGGUCCUGGCCUCCAUCACCUACCCGCCUGGCGUGGGCCGCUUCCUGGCUUCCAGGCUGUCCAUGAGGGAGCUAUUGGAUUCCCUGUUCGACAACAACUCCUGGGCACUGAUGAGCCGGAACUCGUCCCCUCCCUGGCCCACGGAGCUUGACCCCCAGAACCUGUGGUUCGAAUGGUACCACCCGCGCUUCACCAUCUUCGGGACCCUCGCCUUCUUCCUCGUCAUGAAGUUCUGGAUGCUGAUCCUGGCCACCACCAUCCCCAUCCCCGCUGGCUACUUCUUGCCCAUAUUUGUUUAUGGAGCUGGCAUCGGCCGCCUCCUGGGGGAGGCUCUCUCCGUGGCCUUCCCUGAGGGCAUCGUGUCUGGAGGAGUGGUCAACCCCAUCUUGCCGGGGGGCUAUGCUCUGGCAGGGGCUGCGGCCUUCUCCGGGGCAGUGACACACACUGUCUCCACGGCACUGCUGGCCUUCGAGCUGACGGGUCAGAUUGUGCACGCGCUGCCCGUGCUGAUGGCGGUGCUGGCGGCCAACGCCAUCGCCCAGAGCUGCCAGCCGUCCUUCUACGACGGCACCAUCAUUGUCAAGAAGCUGCCCUACCUGCCGUGGAUUCGGGGCCGCAAAAUCGGCUCCCACCCCGUGACCGUGGAGCACUUCAUGAACUGCACUCUCACCACGCUGGCUAAGGACACGCGGCUAGAGGAGGUGGUCAAGGUCGUGACCUCCACAGACGUGGCCGAGUACCCCCUGGUAGAGAGCACAGAGUCUCAGAUCCUGGUGGGCAUUGUGCCGAGGGCCCCGCUGGUGCAGGCCCUUCAGACCAACCCCCCAUCCUGGGCUCCAGGACAACAGCGGUGUCUCCAGGACAUCUUGGCUGGGGGCUGCCCCAUGGAACCAGUGACCCUGCAGCUGUCCCCAGAGACUUCCCUGCACCAGACGCACAACCUCUUUGAGCUGUUGAACCUUCAGUCCCUCUUCGUGACGUCGCGGGGCAGAGCUGUGGGCUUCGUAUCCUGGGUGGAGUUGAAGAAAGCGAUUUCCAACCUGACAAAUCCACCUGCCCCGAAGUGAGCCCACCCAGCUACCCCAUGCCAGGCUGGGCAGAGACCUUCCUCUCUUCCCCACCACAACCCACCCACCCCUCCAGCCCAGCUCAGUGCCUUGUGGAGCAGGCAGCGCUAUGGAGCCCUGAAGAGGCCCUGCAUUCGCUAUGUCCCAUCCUGGGGCCAACAGCAGUUAUUGCUUGAAGGACAAACCCCACCCUGGAUGGGGCUGCGAGUAUGAGGGGCACAGGGUGCCCAGCGAGUAGUCAUGAAGCUCAGGAAUGAAGGGAUGGCACCUGUGCUUUCUGGGGGUUGUCUGUUCCCAACCAGAAGCUCCUGAGAAAAAUAGAGGUGCUCCUGAGCGGCCAUCCAUCCUGCUCCCGGGGCUGGCCCCUUGGCUCCCCUGUGCUAGCCCAGAGUGAGCCCUUGAGGCUGCUGAUGGCCACCUGGGUUUUGCAGGCCUGGAUCCCUGGUCUUCUCCUCGUGCCCCACUCCCCAGCAGAGAGAUGCUGGGGAGAGAGCCCCCCCCCCCGCCCAGGUCCUAUGAUGCUUGUUCUCAUGAAUAAACAGGACUCUGCACAA